AAAAAAAGGAAGCGACGACGAAGAAGCGAGUUGAGGAUCUGAGCCGAGAGCACGAGCGGCGAUGACGUGACGCGUGGACGCAGCCGUGCGGCGGGGCUCGAACACGGAGCACCGGCGGAUGUGUGGCCCCGCGCGGCCGUGUGAGCUGUGUGUGCGGGCGGACCGUGACGCUGAGCCGCGGGGAGGGGGAGCGGACGGACCGAGGCACCGGAGCGUCGCCAGUCUCCCGGUGACCGCGUUACACAACCGGAGGCUCCGUGUCCGUUAAAACCAGCCGCCAUCAUGAACGUGGGCACGGCGCACAGCGAGGUGAACCCCAACACCCGAGUGAUGAACAGCAGGGGCAUGUGGCUGUCGUACGUCCUGGGCAUCGGCCUCCUGCACAUCAUCCUGCUCAGCAUUCCCUUCGCCAGCGUACCCGUGGUCUGGACUCUCACCAAUCUCAUCCACAAUCUGUGCAUGUAUCUGCUACUGCACACGGUCAAAGGGACGCCCUUCGAGACCCCCGAUCAGGGCAAGGCUCGCCUCCUCACGCACUGGGAGCAGAUGGACUACGGCAUACAGUUCACCGCGUCGCGCAAGUUCCUCACCAUCACGCCCAUUGUCCUGUAUAUUCUAACCAGCUUCUACACCAAAUACGACCGGAUCCAUUUUGUGGUCAACACAGUUUCCUUGCUCACUGUCCUCAUCCCUAAGCUGCCGCAGCUCCACGGCGUGAGGAUCUUUGGGAUUAAUAAGUACUGACAAGGCAGAAGAGGACACCUCCUUCCUCGAGUCCCCACAGACCUGCUGAGAGCAGGCAGAGUCUCAGGCCUGUGAUUUGGCUGCGGAUCCACGAGGAUGUGUUGCUCUUUGGCUCCAGACUCUAAAUGAAGCCCGCUGGGACGCUGCCAUGGCUCCAAACCCCAGGAAAGAGACAAAGUUCUUUACAGAGAAGAAAGGGAAAGUGGACUGAUGUGACUGUUUGAGGCCUGUCGCCUUUUUACAAGUUUUCCACAGACACUUAAAAGCAUUUGUAAAGAGGAAUUCUAUAUUAUAUUAUGUCCAUUUCUGUAGAGAUGACAGUUUUUAGAUGUGAGAGGUGUCAGAGGUAAAGGACGAUGUUGUGACAUUGUACACCGAUCGGUCCCUUAGACAGUAAUCCGAGUAUUUUUAGUUAAUGCUACACUGCUGUGUUCGUUCAGCCUCCCGUCCCAUGUUGAGCUUCCUCUUUCUCGAGGUUUCUGGGCUCAGUGGAGAGUAACCAUAGCGUCACGACGUGGUGAGGGAACUGUGAACAACUUCGGAGGCGAGACACGAGAAACCGCAGCGUUUUAUAUUUAGCCCUCGCUGCUCCGCUCAGGGCCAAGGAGUUAAGUUAAGCAACUCUUAUUUUAUCUGACCGUGUCCACAUUUGGACUCCUCUUGUGUCACAGCGCGCCUGCAGUCUGCGGAGUCGUCUGGACUGAGAGCAGAAAAUAUGCACGAGAGCUCUGCACUGAUCCAACGUAACAGCCUGAGGGAAGGGUCAAGUUUUCCUGUCAUAACUUUACUCAUAGUUAGGUUCCUCUGUGGGGACACAUGCUUACAACUGCUCUGUGACAGUACUCAGGUCCCAUUACACUGACAUGAUCGUGGUAUGUCUGCAUCUCAUUUUCAUACCUGCAUUUAAAUUAGUUACCAGUUUGUUAGGUACACACGAGCAGCCGUGGGUACAGCAAGUGUUUUUAAUAUUUUAUGACGUCGCUCUUAAAGAUGAAAUAUAUUUACAGAAUACUUACAAAAACAUGAACAAUGAAUCAACGCUACAUGAAUCUAGUAGGGGACACCCAGCUCUCUGUAAACCUGUGAACCAUCGACCAGAUAACGAUGGUCGACAUGACAAUGAAGCCAAAGCAGCUAGAUCGCCCCCUGGUGACUGGCUGCAGUAUAGGUCGUAAAAUAAAGUUAUUAUUAUAAUUUUUGGUAGUUCUUAUCACAUUGAUGGAUGUUUAAGUGUUAUUAUUAAAUUACUGGUUUGAUGCUUUAAAA